ACUUCACAAACAUCCUUUGCAAAACGCUAUCUCAAAAACCCACACCCUUUAAGAAGUGUGUCUGUAAGACUGUAACUUUGCGGGUUUUUGAUCUUUGAUCUGAUUCUUUUAGAAAUAAGCUUUGAUUUUGAUGUGAUCCUGUGAAGUUUGAAACUUUUUCAUUGUAAAUUGAUGGGAAGCUAGCUAAAAUGGGUUCUUUGGAAAGUGGGGUUCCAUUGAAGAGAGACCCUCUUCUUCGGUCUUCAUCAACUGGUAGAACUGAAAGGCACCCAUUUUUACAGAGACCCAGAUCGAAGUUUUCAAGGUUUCUGCUCCUCAAGAAGCUAGAUUACCUCCAAUGGAUUUGCACUGUGGCUGUGUUUCUAUUCUUUGUGGUUCUUUUCCAAAUGUUCUUGCCUGGUUCGGUGGUUGAAAAGUCAGGGGUUUUAAUGAAAAAUGUGGAAUUGAAUUCUGAAGAUUUGAGGUUUUUGAAGGAGUUGGGUUUGCUGGAUUUUGGGGAGGACAUAAGAUUUGAGCCUUCAAAGCUUUUGGAGAAAUUUCAGAAGGAAGCUAGAGAGGCUAGUUUGACUUCUGCUAUGAAUAGGACACGGCAGCAUUUUGGGUACAGAAAACCUCAGCUUGCACUGGUUUUUGCAGAUCUGUCGGUUGCUUCACAACAGUUACUGAUGGUGACUGUUGCAGCUGCUUUGCAGGAGAUUGGAUAUGCAUUUUCGGUUUAUUCACUUGAAGAUGGUCCUGUGCAUGAUGUUUGGAGAAGUUUAGGAGUUCCAGUCACCAUUAUCCAUGACCAGUCAGAGCUCAAUAUAGACUGGCUAAAUUAUGAUGGCAUACUUGUGAACUCUCUUGAAGCAAAGGGCAUCUUUUCUUGUUUUGUGCAGGAACCUUUCAAGUCUUUACCUAUACUAUGGACCAUCCAUGAACAAGCGCUUGCUACUCGAUCAAGAAAAUACUCUUCAAAUAGGCAGAUUGAACUCUUUAAUGAUUGGAAAAGACUCUUCAGCCGAUCUACUGUUGUUGUCUUCCCAAAUUAUUUCCUGCCGAUGGCUUACUCAGUAUUUGAUGCUGGAAACUUUUUUGUUAUUCCGGGUUCUCCUGCUGAAGCCUGCAAGGCAGAUUCCAUUAUGGUGUUAGACAAAAAUCAUCUGCUUGCUAAGAUGGGUUAUGGGUCUGAAGAUGUUGUAAUUACAAUUGUGGGAAGCCAAUUUUUGUACAGGGGCUUGUGGUUGGAGCAUUCCAUUGUUCUACGGGCUGUAUUACCGCUUCUUGAGGACUUCCCGUUGGAUAAUAAUUCCUAUUCUCAUCUCAAAAUUAUUGUUUUGAGUGGAGACUCAACAAGUAACUAUAGUUCCGUUGUUGAGGCCAUUGCUUACAACUUGAAGUACCCAAGUGGCAUUGUGAAGCAUGUAGCUGUUGAUAUGGCUGCAGACAGCGUCCUAAGCAUAUCUGAUGUUGUGAUAUAUGGAUCCUUCCUUGAAGAGCAAUCAUUUCCAGACAUUUUAAUCAAGGCCAUGUGCCUUGGGAAACCAAUUGUUGCCCCAGAUCUCUCCAUGAUCAGGAAAUAUGUUGAUGAUAGAGUCAACGGCUACCUUUUCCCUAAGGAAAAUAUCAAGGUUCUUUCACAAAUCAUAUUGCAAGUUAUUUCGAAAGGAAAGUUAUCACCUCUAGCUCGCAACAUUGCCUCAAUAGGGAGAGGUACUGCAAAAGGCAUGAUGGUGUCGGAAACUAUUGAAGGAUAUGCUUCGCUUCUUGAAAAUGUUCUCAUUCUCCCAUCGGAAGUUGCACUCCCCAGGGCUGUUGCAGAAAUCCCUCCAAAAUUGAAAGAACAAUGGCAAUGGCACUUAUUUGAAGCAGUAUCAAAUUUAACAUAUCUUGAUAGAAAUUUGAGAAGUCACACAUUUUUAGAUGACUUCGAGGAGCAGUAUAAUCGCACUCAACAGCAGACAUUUAAUGCUAUCACUGCAACCAAUUAUUCAUUUCUAUACAGUAUAUGGGAGGAAGAAAAAUACAGUCAGAUGGCGAAUUCCAAAAAAAAAAGAGAGGAAGAAAUGUUAAAGGAUAGAAGUGAUCAAUCCCAUGGAACAUGGGAGGAAGUGUAUCGAAAUGCCAAAAGAGUUGAUCGCUCCAAGAAUGAUUUGCAUGAAAGGGAUGAAAGGGAGCUUGAGAGGACAGGCCAACCAUUGUGUAUAUAUGAACCUUACUUUGGUGAGGGGACCUGGCCUUUUUUACACCUAAAAUCUCUUUAUCGGGGAAUUGGGUUGUCCACUAAGGGUCGAAGACCUGGGACCGAUGAUGUUGAUGCACCUUCUCGUCUUCCACUUCUUAAUAACCCUUAUUAUCGAGAUCUACUUGGUGAAUAUGGAGCCUUCUUUGCUAUUGCAAACCGGAUUGAUCGUAUCCAUAAAAAUGCUUGGAUAGGGUUUCAGUCAUGGAGAAUAACAGCAAGGAAGGCAUCUUUAUCUGGAAUAGCUGAAAAUGCAUUGUUAGAUGCUAUUCAAACACGAAGGCAUGGGGAUGCACUGUACUUUUGGGUGCGUAUGGAUGAUGAAGCACGGAAUGAUCUGAGACAAGAUUUUUGGUCAUUCUGUGAUGGUAUAAAUGCUGGAAACUGCAAGUUUGCUUUUUCGGAGGCUUUUAAAAGGAUGUAUGGCUUAAAGUACAAUAUAGAAUCUUUACCGCCCAUGCCUGUGGAUGGGGACACGUGGUCUGUCAUGCAUAGCUGGGCUUUGCCAACGAAGUCCUUCCUAGAGUUUGUAAUGUUUUCCAGAAUGUUUGUGGAUGCUUUGGAUGCACAAAUGUAUGAUGAACACCAUUCAAGUGGACGCUGUUAUCUGAGUUUGUCAAAAGACAAACAUUGCUACUCACGGCUUCUUGAGUUACUUGUAAAUGUUUGGGCAUACCACAGCGCGAGGAGGAUGGUAUAUGUGCACCCUGAGACUGGUGUGAUGCAGGAACAACAUAGGUUCAAGAGUCGGAGAGGUCAUAUGUGGAUCAAAUGGUUCUCAUACUCCACCCUAAAGAGCAUGGAUGAGGACUUGGCAGAGGAAUCAGAUUCAGAGCACCCCAGGAGGCGGUGGUUGUGGCCGUCAACAGGUGAGGUCUUCUGGCAAGGUGUAUACGAAAAAGAGAGAAAUUUACGGCAUAAGCAGAAAGAGAAGAGGAAGCAGAAAAGUAAGGAAAAAAUAGAACGGAUAAGGAAGCGGACUCACCAGAAAGCAAUUGGCAAGUAUGUAAAGCCCCCACCAGAAGACACAGAUAAUUCAAACGCAACAAUGGUUACAAGGAUUUAAUAAUCAAAUUGAUUUCACGGACUAAUUAGGAUGUUUUGGAAGUAGAAGUUCAUUAAUUUGAUUAUUCUUUUUUUUCUUACCCUCUAAUUUUUAAUUCUUGUGAGGAAGGUGCACAUAGUUGUAAUCUGUAUGUGAGGUCUUUUUGUAUGUAAAAAAAAUGCACCCCUCUGGUCGUUAGUGUCAAUGAGUGGCGGUAAAUGUAUAAUAGUUUUACUUGCUUUUCCUUCUAAUCCUAUUUUCCCUUUCUCAUUACAUUCUUAACAGGAAAAGAAAAUACAAUAUCGUGAAGUUGAACAUUUGAUUACUUA